AUGCGCUACGAGAAUGAGCAGCUGCAUUGCGGGAGAGCUUCUGCGAGAGGAAGAGGAGCCUUCUCCACGAGCAAAGACUCUGCCCUAACGGGCAGCAAUUCUGUCCGCACUGAAGAAGGAAAGACAUGGGAGAUUGAAAGGCGUGGUCUUAAAGUUUCAGUUGCCGGAAUUCCAAAGACUAUUGAUAAUGAGAUUGCGUUGAAGAGGCUCAGAGGGCUAUUAACGCAGCGCAUGUCUGAAGCUGAAAGUGGUGAAAAUGGUGUGGGCCUUGUCAAGCUGAUGGGCUGGUAUGCUGUUGGAUUUAUUGCUAUGUACUCUACGUUGGCUAGCAGAGAUGUGGACUGUUGCCAGAUUCCUGAAUCUCCCUUCUAUUUGGAAGGGCCGGGGGGAGGACUCUUCGAAUUCAUAGAGCACAGACUCAGAGAGAAUGGUCAUAUGGUUAUUGUUAUAGCAGAAGGUGGUGGGCAGAAUCUUAUUGAGGAGCACUUGCGCGAAAUGGAACACAAGGAUGCUUCGGGAAACAAGGUCCUUCUUGACGUUGGGCUGUGGCUUUCUCACAAGAUCAAGUUAUACAACUGGAGGAUAAGGCCUACGCAGAGUGCUUACAACAUCUAUUGCACGCUUCUCGUUCACAGUGCUGUCCAUGGCACCAUGGCUAGAUACUUGGGCUUCACUGUCGGUCCUGUUAACGGCAGGCAUGCUUAUAUACCUAUCUACCGCAUGACUGAGAAGCAGAAUCAAGUCUGUAUAACUGACCGUAUGUGGGCGAGGUUGCUUUCCUCUGCGAACCAACCUAGCUUCCUCAGCCCAGAGGACAUUGAAGAAGCCAAGAGUAAGCGAGAGUCGAGCAUUCAAGAUCUACAAAUGUUCUUGGCAGACGGGAAGGCCUUGAGUGAGGACGGCAAUUUCUCGGCGACGUCAUAA